AUGACAUUCGACGAUGAAAAGUCUUGGCAUUGCCGUGAGGAAAAGGGCGACUUGAACGGACAGGCGACUGAUUUGAUUAACUCGAAAGCUUGUUCGAUGAAGCGACCAGGAGCAGGGCUCAUUGAAACCGAGGGACCCUACACGUGUUCGCAGAGGGUGUCACGUACCGGCAAGUCACUCUCGAGAUGUGUCAUGAGGACCAACGUGAAUACCUACCAUGACCCUACCUGCCACCCUGCAUACGUCAGUCAGGAUACGGCUACCUCUGUUGUUACACGUGGAAGCACGGGUGAGCAACGGCCGGACACACCAUCUCAGUCAACACCACACCGCAGAAUCGAGACCCUGUGGGGGUCGAUCCCGGGAAUCUUGCCGCCCGGUCCGCACGCAGCCACCGACGAAAUCGUGGACAGCGAGAGACUUGCGAUUCUUCCUGCUGCCAAUUUUGGGCAGGAUUUCCGGAUGACGUGA